ACGUUAUCAUCUACAUACUUUUUUGAUGUAUUUUGCUCUAUAAAAGGAACACAUUAGUACUAAAUUCAAAAACACAGAAAAAAUCAAUAAAAAGAGGAGAAUCACAUAACAGAAAAGAAGCAAGUAGAGAGAAAAGUGAUUCUGAUAUUCCGUCCGGUGAAAGGAAUAGGAUAUCUUUGCCAUGGGUUCAAUGUUUGAGAUUGAAACAACCAAGAGUGUCUCAGAUGAACUGAAUGAGAAUGAAGAGUGUCCUGUCAAACAAGUGGAACUCACCGUUCCAAAAACUGAUGACCCAACAUUGCCUGCUGUCACAUUCAGAAUGUGGGUUCUUGGGGUUCUUUCUUGUGUGCUUCUGUCCUUUGUGAAUCAAUUCUUUUGGUACAGAACACAGCCUUUGAGUGUCACCUCAAUUUCUGCUCAGAUUGCUGUUGUUCCACUUGGUCAUUUCAUGGCAAGGACUUUGCCAACUCGUGUAUUUUUCAAAGAUACACUGUUUGAAUUCUCAUUGAAUAGAGGACCAUUCAAUAUCAAGGAGCAUGUUCUCAUAACUAUCUUUGCUAAUGCUGGUGCUGGAACUGUUUAUGCUACUCAUAUUUUGAGUGCAGUGAAACUCAUGUACAGAAGGGAACUCGGUUUCCUUCCUGCCUUACUACUCAUGCUCACCACUCAGGUGCUGGGAUUUGGUUGGGCAGGACUGUUCAGAAAAUUUCUUGUGGAGCCUGCGGAAAUGUGGUGGCCUUCAAAUCUGGUGCAGGUCUCAUUAUUCAGUGCUCUGCAUGAGAAAGGAAGAAGACCAAAAGGAGCAACAUCCCGCACUCAGUUUUUUGUCCUUGUUUUGAUCUCUGGAAUGGCAUACUAUGUUCUUCCAGGCUACAUGUUUACAAUGCUGACAACUAUCUCUUGGACCUGCUGGCUAGCUCCAAACUCUAUCUUAGUCCAACAAAUUGGUUCUGGUAUGAGAGGUCUUGGGGUUGCUUCAGUUGGAAUUGAUUGGUCUACAAUUUCAUCUUAUCUUGGAAGUCCACUAGCCAGCCCAUGGUUUGCCACUGCCAAUAUUACUGUUGGAUUCAUUCUCGUUAUGUAUGUGAUCACACCAAUUGCAUACUGGUUUAACAUGUACAAUGCCAAGAAUUUUCCAAUAUUUUCAAGUAAGCUUUUCACGGGAGAUGGUUCGGUGUAUAACAUUUCCACCAUUGUCAGCUCCGAAUUCCAUCUUGAUCGGGAUGCUUAUGGGAAGAAUGGGUCUGUUCAUCUCAGCACAUUCUUUGCAGUGACUUACGGCCUUGGAUUCGCCGCACUUUCUGCUACUGUUGUACAUGUUAUUCUCUUUCACGGAAGGGAAAUAUGGAGGCAAAGUAAAAGUGCCUUUGGAGAGAAUAAAAAAAUUGACAUACACACAAGACUUAUGAGGAGAUACAAGUCAGUCCCCAAUUGGUGGUUUCACGUCAUUCUAGUGACGAACAUAGCUCUUAUUAUUUUCAUCUGUGAGUACUACAAGGAAUCACUUCAGUUGCCUUGGUGGGGUGUAUUACUAGCUUGUACUAUUGCCAUUUUCUUCACUCUUNCGAUCGGUAUAAUAGCAGCCACUACAAAUCAGCAACCAGGCUUAAACAUUAUAACAGAAUACAUCAUCGGUUACAUGUAUCCGGAGCGCCCCGUGGCUAACAUGUGCUUUAAGGUGUAUGGCUACAUUAGCAUGGCUCAGGCACAAACCUUUUUGCAAGACUUUAAACUUGGUCACUAUAUGAAGAUUCCACCUAGAACAAUGUUCAUGGCUCAGGUGGUAGGAACAUUCAUAUCAGUACUUGUAUACACAGUAACUGCAUGGUGGUUGAUGGGGACAGUCCCUGACCUUUGUGAUACUUCCAAACUACCAGAUGAUAGCCCUUGGACAUGCCCAAUGGACAAUGUCUUUUAUGAUGCAUCAGUUAUAUGGGGACUUCUUGGACCACGCAGAAUCUUCGGAAACCUCGGUGAAUAUAGCAAUGUGAAUUGGUUCUUCCUUGGUGGAGCCAUUGCACCCUUACUAGUUUGGCUAGCUCACAAGGCAUUCCCAGGACAAACAUGGAUACGUCUAAUUCACAUGCCUGUUUUGUUGGGUGCCACAUCAAUGAUGCCACCUGCAACUGCUGUCAACUUCACUAGUUGGAUUGCUGUUGGAUUUAUCUCAGGGUACAUUGUAUAUAGAUACAAACAAGAUUGGUGGAAACGUUACAAUUAUGUUCUGUCUGGUGGUCUUGAUGCUGGAACUGCAUUCAUGACAAUCUUGCUGUUUCUUACUUUGGGUACAAACGGCAUUUCGCUUGAUUGGUGGGGAACUGGUAAUGAAGGAUGCCCAUUGGCUUCUUGUCCUACUGCAAAGGGCAUUUUUGUUAAAGGCUGUCCGGUUCAUUGAUCAUUUCAAGAUUCUACUAGUUUGGCUAGUUGGUUUUUUUGUACAUAUUUUCAAGACAAUUUAAAUUCAUCAAUUACUUUGGUUAUGCUCAUCUAGAUAAGUUGUUUCUAGGAAGGAGAGGUUCUUUACUUUUCGUGCUUUUUUUAGUUUCUGCAAUCUGAUUGAAAGUGUAUAUCCAACAAUGGACACCGUUUUAUAUAAGUGUAAGUUAGUAUUAAAACUGUCUCAAUAUGAUUUUAGAUAUUUUUU